GCUCAGUCAGGAUCAGCAGAGGGCUGUCAGGUUGGCAGUUUGUUAUCCAGGCCAAUGUUUCCAUCCUCUCUCUCUGCUCUGUAGCCCGGUGAUCCAGCAGAUCCGCUCGGAGUGCGCCUCUCCGUUCUCUGCCUUUGAGCGGUGCCUGCGGGAGAACCAGGACUCGGCCGCCAGUUGCUCACCCCACGUGUCCCGCUUCCUGGCCUGCGCAGAGACGGUGAAGCUCAGCGGGCUGGCAGAGGCUGUCCCUCAGCCCUCCUAGGCCAGCAGAGGUCACCUCCCCUGACCCCUGGUGCUGAAGAUCCAAUUCCCUUACUCCUCCGUAUUUCCUUGCCAUGCCGCCUGGCGAAGGCACCGUUCCCGAUCUGAGAAGGCUCAAGCCCCAUCUUCCCUCUUCCUCAUGGACACUGUGCCCAGAGCAGGGCGGGGCGCGGGGGGGUCUGUUUCGCUCUGUUUUCUUUCCUUUCUUGAGCCCUGCUGGGGUUCUCAUUUUUGAUCGGGAAUAAAGACGUUUGGAUUUCUAGAACACGUGUCAGGGGAUUGACACACCGCUGAGGCAUGCUUCUCUCAGGAAGACCCUGGAUCUGUUCGACUGGAAUUCUACCGCCAUGCCAUGAGCAAUCCCACAAUGCUCAGAGGAGUCGCUCAAGUCUGCUGCUGUGCAGGCGUGUCAGUCAGAGGUCGACGUGAUGAUGUGUGAUGGCUUUUCUUCUGUCGCGGCAACAGCAGUGCAGUUAUGAUGUUGUGCUGCUCUCCAGAGCCUGUGGCCUCCCUGUCAGCCACCCAGCGCUUCAAUAAACCGCUGUUUAGCGUGAGCUUAAUUUAAGGAGCUGUGAUCUGGGGAUCGAGGGCCGCUCUCUCCUCCGUUUCCUGCUCUCGGCGCUCAGCAGCCACUGGUCCCCUAAAGCCAAUAGCGAGGAGCGGGAUUUUUAUUGAAUGGCGCUGUGUGUGUCUGGAGUGCUGCUCCCCUCUGUGCAUCUGAACUGCACCCAGGGUUUGCAGCGUGUGUAGGUGGGUUCACCUGUGCACACACAGGCAUUACUGUCUUUUUUUCCCCUUUCCUCUUUUGUUUCCUCACUCUUCUCUUAUUUUCUGGCCCCUCUCCUAUCCUCCUCCUCCUCCUCCUCCUCCCUUUGUUCUUCCUCUCUGCUGCUCUUUCCUGGCGGUAAAACAUUAAUCCCAGGAAUGUGGUCGUAUCUCGCUUUUCAUCUUCACCCGCUGGUGAGCAGCUGCCUUUGGUGAAGGAGGGAGGGAGAGGAGGACAGGGGGAGCAUGCUGAGUUAUGAGCUCUCUGACUACAGACUAGAAAAUGAAUCUAUUUUCUGGAUCAGAUAUUAAAGGAGAGAUGCCGAGGGAUGGAGA